AUCCCAAACCACACGGGCCGCGCAUGCGCAGUGACGCGGGGCUUCACCACAUUGAGAGCUGCUGAACUCUCGGAAGUUUAGCCAAGUUGCAGUGAUUUAGCCCAACAGGCUAGCAGCAGAGAAGACGGUCCGAUCGCAGCAAACUUGGUUUUCGGCGGAUAAAAAGUGCGUUUGGACGGAUCGUCGGCCCCGGCAGUGACCCCCGAAGGACUCUCGAUGGAUUUAAACUGUUUUUCAUUGUUUGAUUGGCGCGAACACAAGCGGUAGACACAUUAGAAAGAAGUUGUGAUUGUUUUUUUUUGGCGCUCUAGCAGCGCAGAGGAAAGAUGGAGGAUCUGCUGGUGUAGCAGCGGGCUAACGCUAGCUGGCUCCUUGGUUUACUGGCCAGAGUCGUUCAGGGACAAAAUCCGAGCUGCUUCACGACCGAGUGGAUGUCCGGAAAGUUUGGAGGCUGAAAUUCAACACACUGACGGUGUCCUACUGUUGUUCAUGUUCACAGAUCAACUAAAGCAUGAGAGUCCGUCAGGCUCUGAGGAUGGAACCAGAGCUACUGGAGGCAGGAUCUAGACAUCAGAUGGUGCUCUGAAGAAGCCAUGGGUAGCUGUCUAAGCUGUCCAGAGAAAGAGUCUAUUCCUGAUAAUCAUCAAAGCAAAUUCAAGGUGAUAAACGUGGAUGACGAUGGGAACGAGUUGGGCUCAGGUGUGAUGGAGCUAACCGAUGCCGAGCUCGUCCUCCACACACAUCGCCGUGACGACGUCAGGUGGCCUUAUCUGUGCCUAAGGCGCUAUGGUUACGACUCCAACCUGUUCUCGUUUGAGAGCGGCCGCCGCUGCCAGACGGGACAAGGUAUUUUUGCCUUCAAAUGUUCUCGAGCUGAAGAGAUCUUCAACAUGCUGCAGGAGGUGAUGCACAGCCACAGCAUCAGUGUGGUGGAAGAGGCGGUGCUGGAGACCAACCACCAGGCAGCACACACUCCUGCAGUGUGUGUGUGUGUAGCUCUAGGGUACUCGGUGCCCACUGUUCCUAACGGUGUGACCAGGAUCCCUUCUGUGGGUGAGGCCCCGUCUCACCCCUCCACCCGUCACCCAUCUGUGGCCAGCACCCGUCUGCCCUCGGUGGGAGAAGAGUCCACUCACCCACUGCUGGUGGCUGACGACGCGGUGCACACCUAUGUGAACACCACGGGGCUCCUGGAGGAGCAGCCCAGCCCUCUGACCAUCACCACCCCUCUGGAGAGCCCCUCAUCUCCUCAGUCUCAGUGUCCUCCUACUCCCCCGCCUCCUCCCAGAGUCCGCACUGAGCUGCCGGCCCCGCCCACACAGCCGGAGCCCCAGGUGCUGCUGGAGCCGCAGGGUGUUCGCUUUGUGCUGGGCCCCACCCCAGUUCAGAGGCAGCUGAUGGAGAAGGAGAGGAAGCAGCAGGAGGCGAAGGAGUUCGAGGAGCCUAGAGAGACUAAUGGCCACAGCGAGGCCCCCGCCGAGCCCGAGCCGGCACCCCCGCUCCCCAAUGGCUCCUCCUCCAAUCCCUCCACUGCUCCUCGCCGCCACCGCCCACCCCCCCUCACCCCAGACCUGCAGAAUGUCAACAACUCAGCCCAGCGGCGCACUGCCCUGCUGGAUUACGAGAACCUGCCAGCGUUACCGCCAGUGUGGGAGGCGAGGAAGCCGAGCUCCGAGGACGAGGAGAACAGCUGUGGCGGGCUGAAGACACCGUCGCUUAACGGCUACAACCACCACGCUCACCACAGCCUGCUGCACCACUCCUACUCCCACCCUCUGUCUGCUGCCCUCGAGUCCUCACACAACUACGUCAACACGGAGAACGUGACAGCACCGCUCAGUGCCCACCGGCCCGACACGGCCCGCCGCCGUGCCGACGGACCCACCAUCUUCAACUUUGACUUCCGCCGGCCGCCUCCGUCAGGCCACGCAGAGCCACCAAAAACCCUCAACUACAUUGAGGUAGAGAUGGACAGCAGCAGCGGGAACAAGGGCACUUCAGAUGGCAGCAACCCCCACACACCUCGCACCCCCACCUCCCCCAUGCCCCCCACCACCCCCACCCGUCGCACGGAGCUCUACGCCCUCAUCGACAUCGAGCGCACCGCUGCCAUGUCCAACCUGCAGAAAGCCCGGCCACGAGACGACGGCACGUCACGCAAGACGCGACACAACAGCACAGAGCUGCCCACCAAAAGCACUGUGUGACCCGCACCUUGACUUCCUGUUAACACACCGGCGCUCACACGAGCUUCUUUAUAUUCCCACGGAGACGCAGUGACAGACUCCGAGUCUUACAUGAGUUAAUGACUUCCUGUGAGGUCACCUGUGCAGGUGGACCGUCACUAUGAACCUCUGGUGAUGUAAUACCUCUGAUGAUGACUCACUGAUGACUGCAUUCCUCCUUAUAUGGUACAAAUCAGUAUUACUGAACAAAGCAUUCCAUUUAGCCUUUUAUAUGAUUCACUACAUGCUGCUGUAAGUCAGUAUCUAUGGACAAGCGCCACCUGGUAACCAUGGUGGUACACACGGUACACUACACGUUAUGUUUCUGAAAAUGUACAGUAGAUUCUGGCUGCACAAUAAAUGUCUGUUCUGUUUUUAUUUGUACUGAC